AUGUCAUGUCGAUGGUUACUAGCUAUGGCAUGUGUCGAUCGUUGUGUUGCAUGUUCAACAAAUGCUAAUAUCCGACAUUUUUUUACAGUUAACAAGAGUCGGCGAAUAACAAUCUUGAUUACCAUUGUUUGGAUGGUCUUGCCUAUCCAUGCACUGAUAUUUGCCAAUAUUAUACCACCAGGCAAUAUUGGAUGCAUAAUGUCAAACAACAAUGUGGCUAUUUAUCAUGGCAUCUACACAAUUAUUAUGGGUGGUACAUUACCACCUUUAAUUAUGUUCUUAUCCACUUUAUUCAUUUGGAGAAGUCUCAAAAUGAAAAAUCAACGAAGAGGAAUGAUUAACAUGGCAAAAUCAGAAAGAUGGAAAAAUACUCGUGAUCAACAAGUAUUAAUCAUACUAUUGGCACAAGUAGCUAUUUUUAUUGUUUCUGCAAUUCCGUUUAUGUCGAACACUAUAUACACAUCGUUGACUCGCGACAUACCAAAUAAAUCCGUCGAUCGUAAAGCAAUUGAAGGCUUUUUCCAAGUAAUUACUGAACUGUUUGUUUAUAUAUUUCCAGCAUCAUCAUUCUAUUCAAACACAUUGGUGUCAGGCACAUUUCGAAAGGAAUUAAUGGGCAUUUUUACAUACUUCAUUACAUGUUGUCGUUGGAAACAAAACCGUGUCAUCGCUGUCACUCAAACUCGAACGAAUGAUGGAACCAAUGAAAUACCGCUGACAACAACUAGAAAAACUCAACUAUCAACUUACAACCCACCUCGUUGCUUCACCAAUGCAUAA